AUGCUUUGGAGUGCUGUGGUGUGUGUAUUUCUCAGUGCACUAUGGCACGCACAUGCGAAGCAGCGUCCGUUUGAGACGCCACUAUUAGAGGCGCCUUUACUUGGUCGGUUCUUACACAUUACCGACAUGCAUUUAGACAAGCACUAUAAAGAGCAUGCCGCUGUGGUGUCACAGUGUCACCGCGACAAGCCGCACCAUAGUCAUGGUGGCGAGCGUCGAUCUGGACACUGGGGUUCACAAGAAAGUGACUGUGACUCUCCUUUCACACUAGCGAACGCCACUUUCCAGUGGCUUGCCAGGGAAUGGGACGCCGAGGACAAUCGGGGACAGUCGUACUUACCAUUCGAUUUUAUAUUAUGGACAGGUGAUUCUGCGCGGCAUGAUCAAGACGUCGAACUUCCUCGGGAGGAAGAGGAAAUUUAUGCAUUGAAUAGGUAUGCGGUGAGCUUGUUCGAAUCAUACUUGCCCGGCGUGCCUGUUGUGCCCAACUUUGGCAACAAUGACAUUCUUCUUCACAACACCAUGUCCUCUGGACCGUCGAAGGAACUGGAUGAAUUUGCUCGUAUUUGGCAGCAACAUAUCCCGCCAGACCAAAUGGAUGUAUUUCUUCGUGGCGGCUACUUUGCGAAAGACCUGAUUCCGGGCAGACUUGGCGUCGUCAGUCUCAACACAUUGUACUUCUACGACUCCAACAAGGCUGUGGAUGGAUGCCCCCGCCGCAGUCGAUCUGAGGACAGUGUCAAUGCAGAUCCUGGCACACUGCAGCUGGAAUGGCUUGUCGAGCAACUGAUGGACUUCCGCCGUCGGAACAUGCAAGUUCACAUCAUCGGUCAUGUUCCUCCAACGGCGGGUAACUACUUUGCACGCUGCUUCGAUGUGUACACGGAGCUUGUGCUUCGGUUUCAGGACACAGUCAUUGGCCAGCACUUUGGUCACAUGAACCUCGACGCCUUCUUCGUCCAGGAGUCUUCACUUGCCGGCAGUAGCAAGCGGCCGAGCAACAAAGUCCCCAUCUUUUUCAAGCAGAUCGAAGUGGACCUUCGCUACGAUUACGAGUCCUUGCCUGGAAAUGCACGCACAGACAUGCAAUACUAUGGCGUGUUCUAUGAGGCGCCUAGUCUAGUGCCGACGUACUUACCAGCAUUGCGCGUAUGGACGUACAAUACUACGAUGGAACACAGCAACCGGCCUGUUUCGACGCAAAGCGUUGAUCUCGAUCUACUUCUCGACUUUGUUGCAUAUGAUAACUGCAGCGAGGACGACCGCAGCCUCGACUGUGCAUUGGUGGGCGAAGACGAACAUGUGUAUGACAACGAUGAUGACAGUGCUAACAGCAUUAAUAUGCUUGGUGGUGGUCGUCGACAUCGACGUCCGAAACGCAAACAUCGCAGACGCCACACGAAGCUUCCUCGCUAUGCAUCUUCAUCAGCGCCGUCUCGAUCCAACACGUUCCUGACGCCACUGGGAUACAGUCAGUGGACACUGCAGCUUGACAAAGCAAAUGCCGAAUACGAUCGUGUUCUCAAGGCUCAGGGUGCAGCAGCUGCUUCUGCGCUUCCGCUCAACUACACGUUGGAGUACACGACAUACGAUGCUCCUACCCUUUGGCACCAGUUCAUCGAUUUGAUCAUUGACCCGCAAGAAACGCUUCCUCCCCCACGGCACCACGAGCUGCCGAGUGAGCAUCACGUGCCUGUGCCCAAGCCUCUGCUUGAUCGUCACUUGGAAGAUCGCGGCUUACACUCGCCAUAUACAUGCCAGAAGGACGUGUGCAGGAUUGCAAAACCACUCAAGCCCCUGACUAUGUAUGGCUUGGAGGACAUGACUCUGCGGUCGGUAAUGGAUCUUGCUCGGCGACUUGUACUUGACCGAAAGAUGUGGAAGACGUACGUGAAUCGCUUGUAUACUAGUAUUUGGUCAGAGUAG